UUUAAAUUCAAAAAGAGAUGGGCUGAGGUAGAUCAACACAAGCUGUCGAUGCUGACUGGGAUCCGGAGGAGCAAGACGAGGAAUUUGACAGAGAGGUCGGCAAGAAAGGAUUCUUUGCAGAAGCAGCUAGGAAAUUGAAGAAGAAAUGGAAACGAUGCUUUACAAAGGAGUCCAAGGUCCAAAUCCCAACAGAGUACGAAAACUUGUUCGAGAAGAUCGAUAUGGGCGACGGAGAUGAGUUCAUGGCGGUACUUCCUUGGAAAGGCGCUAUUCAUGCUCCUGAUGAUCCACCAAAGUUUAACAAGCAACCUCCAGAUGAGAGAUAUAAGCUCCUUGCGGCUUAUGGAGUAAGGACUGAGGAGACCAGAGAGAACAUCCAUUUCAAUCACAAGGGUAAAGUGGUGUACAUGACUGCUGCUAUUGGGAUAAUUAAUGACCACGAAAACCGUAGACAAACUUUCUUCGGUGGCGAUGAGGUCCCAAUGGAAGCAAAGAAUAUUGCCAAAAGUCUUAAAUCACACACAGAUGAUAUCUUGUGUCUCAACCUGAACCAUGAUCGAACUCUGGUAGCUUCUGGUCAGAUAGGUCACAAGCCUUUUGUGUAUAUUUGGGAUAGUGAUACAGCUCAAAUGAAGACCCAAGGACGGCUUGAUCCUGGGUCUCGAGGUGUGACUUCUAUCACAUUUUCUCCAGACAGCAAGUCUAUUGCCUGCAUCGAUGGUACGGAUGACCACAAUCUAUGUCUCUUUAUGGUGAGUAAUGGCAAGCAGUACUUCAAAAUCCAGACAGGAAAGGAUAAAAUGCUAGACAUUGCAUGGGGAAAGACCCCUGCUAAAAGUUCGGUGAUUUGUGUUGUCGGUAAACGAGCUAUCAAGAUCAUCAUUGAUAAGAACUCUAAAUUCGAAGAGAGCAAGGUUGCCAAGGCAACCAUUAAGGCCAGCUACAGGACUGAUUACGCUAGCUGUGACUUUACAGACGAUGGCAUGCUCCUUGUUGGGACUCGGAAGGGGAAGAUUUACAAACUCACUGUGGAUAGUUACACCUACGCAUUUAGUAAGUCUAUCGGAGCCCAUAAGAAGACAGUCAACUGCAUUACAGUUUUGGAUAAGAUCUUUCUGAGUGGUGGAAAUGAUAAGAAAAUAAUCAUUUGGAACCUAGCCAAGCUUAAGAAGAUCAAGAUGAUAGACACUGAGGCUCAUGUCCGGUCGGUAGAUUAUCUCGGAGAGACUUUGCUCUAUUCCACCUCCACUGGGACCAUUGUCAAGAAGAAGAUCAAGAUUCAAGAUAAUGAGAAGUUCAUAGACGAAGAAGAUGACGACAUCGUCAUGAAAUCCCAUAAUAAUGGCGAAGCUUGGGGAGUCGCAGUGCAUAAGAAUAAGAUAUACACUGUCGGAGAUGACAACCAACUCAUCGUUUGGGACAUGGUCCGCCGAGAAGUCUCUGAGGCCUAUACCCUCUGGACUAAAGAGAAUGAGAAGAAGGAAGGAGUCAAGCAGAAGACAAAGAAGAACCGUUCAAUGAAGAAGAUGACCGCUUCUUCAAUGUCUAAUAAGAAGCCUUUCUACCAGGCUCGAGCUAUCGCUAUCAAUCCUCAUGAGAAGCACAUGGCUAUCGCUUUUAAUGACUGCAAGAUCGUGAUAAAGCACUUGUACAACCUAGAUGAGCACAUUCAUGUGAUCUAUGACCCUAAGGAAUGGUGUGAAUGCUUGGAGUAUAAUCCGUCAAUGACGAAGCUUGCUGCAGGAAGCCAUGAUAAUAAUAUUUACAUCUACGAUAUCUCUGAUCACGGCUACUCAUUCUAUUGAGUCUUAAAGGGCCAUAAUAGCUACAUCAGCUCACUGGACUGGUCUGAUGACGGAGCUUUCAUUCGGUCGAAUUGUGGAGCUUAUGAGCUCCUCUUUUUUGAUGUUGAGAACAAAGAGCAGGAUAAAUCAGGAGCCUCAAACCUGAAAAACACAGAAUGGCAAACCCAGAACUGUAAGUUAGCCUGGAAUGUCCAAGGAAUCUACCCUCCAGGCACUGAUGGGACUCAUAUUAACGGAGUUGCUAAAUUCAAGGAGAGAAACCUCCUCGUAACUGGUGAUGAUUAUGGACUCAUCAACUUGUAUCGGGAUCCCUGAAAGGAAGACUUUAGCAAGGCGAGGUCUUACCGUGGGCACUCUGAGCAUGUAGUCCGAGUCCUGUUCUCAGAGACUGCCAAAUACAUCAUUAGUAUUGGUGGUUACGACCAGACCAUCCUGCAGUGGAAGCUUGAGGGCGAGGACACUGAUGAAGAGAUCGAUGAGGAAGAUGAGCAUGAAGAGGAAAAAGUCCAACCCAACCAAGAGCUUGAGUAUGAAAACUAUACCGAUGACGAUACUGACAGCAAUGACGACGAAGCCCUUCAGAAUGAAUCUGGGGAGAAUAAGAAGGAAGAGAAGCUUAUUAAGCCAAAGAAAACUAAGAAGCCGAAGAAAAAUGUCAAGCCAAAAAAGCCAGACUCUGAUCUUGAAGAAUCUAAAGAGUCUCAAAUUAAUUCUAAGGAAAAAGGAGCUAAUGACUCCAAACAAGGGCUUAAACAAGAAUGGUCCAGAUCAAAGCUGAGCAACUCACGUUUGACUGAUAAACUUGACGGGGAGAAUACUCCGAUCAGGACAGAAUCCCGAGAGGAUGGAAAGCCUCCAUUCGACUCUGAAGUAGACCCAAUUAACAAGGAUGAAGAGGACAUUGAGUAG